AUGGAAUAUCAUUAUUCCGAUCUUUGCAUGCCGUCGGAUCACCUUCUAACUGGACAAUAUGCCACAGAAUAUGGCAACCAGUACAUGGCUCCAAACAAAUCAGCAGAGUAUGAGGUGCGGGCCAGUGUACUGGUUGAUGGCGGAGACAGGUUUGGAGUGUCAGCUGUUACUUUUGACAAAUAUGAAGAGCUAAUAUGGAUGGGUAAUCAAGGAGGACAUGUGACUUCAUACUAUGGACCUUCAAUGCAAAAAUAUACUUCAUUUCAAGUGCAUGAGUCUGAAGAAGUUCGAGAUAUUAUAACACUAGAAAAUGGGAUUUAUGCAUUGACUAAGACUUCAUUAAGGCAUCAGAUACGUAGGGGUAUACCUAAGCAUACUUACAAGUCUGCAAAUAUGACUGACAUGCAGUGUCUCUACCAAGCCAGUUCUACAAAGUUGAUUCUGGGUGGACAUCAGGAUAAGCUUAUUGAUUUGGAUCUCACUAAGAUGACUGAAACCAUUUUUCCAAUUAAAGAGGAAGGAUGCGCUGUUCUCCGAAGCGGCGGUGGGUCGUUAGUUGGUUGCGGCAGUGCUAACGGAAUGGUGGCAUUAAGAGAUAUCAGGACUCCUAGCGCUGCUGAACACACGUUCAGAGCUCAUUCCGCUUGUCUGUCAGAUCUGGAUAUGCAAGGAGACCUACUCAUUACUUGUGGGUUUACUCAGACAGGUGGAAUGCCUGUAGCUGAACCUUACGUGUUAGUCUGGGACGUUCGCUGUCUCCGCGCCAACCGGGCUCCGGGUGAAGGUUCCUGGUCCUUGUCCACCGCAUCGCCGCCCCUACUGCUUCACUUCUUGCCUGCCUUUUCGGGAAGAGCAGUCGCGCUGUCGGGAGACGGCCACGUAGCGUUAUUGCAUGUCAACGCGCCUAAUUCUGCAGAGCAGUCUGUAUUUCAGGUAGACACUCACAGCUCUCUGUGUAGUGUGAUGGACGUAUCUGCCACCAGUCAAGCAAUAGCAUUCGGCGAUCAAGCGGGACAUUUACACCUGUUUUCCCCACAACACAACCACGAGCCUGUUUUCAAUAACUUUUCAAGAGCAACAGAAUUCGCUGACCAAGUGGUGGGUUUGCCAUACGUGGCCUUCAGUGACACAAAUUUCCAGUAUUCAUCUGUUCAUUUGCCACCUUUGGCUAGUGGAAGCAAAUGGUUCAACGAACUGCCUCCGGAAUUCUUCAAGAACGUUUACAGGAAGCCAAAACCAAUAGAUAGUGAAGUGUUAAAGACUAUGAAAAUGCAAGGCCCUAUUGGAUAUGCACCAAAUCCAAGAACAUUUAAAAGGAAUCAGAUGCCGUAUAUAGAGGAUACAUUAGAGGACUUGACCACCGCCAAGCAAAAUGAUAACAAAAACAAUUCACAGCCUAUACCCCAGCAUUAUCAAAAGAUGGAAUUACGUUACAAUAAACAUGGUCCGAACGACGACAUAGAAAAGUGUAACAAAACAGGGCUUCCAGGAUUAGAGGCGACUUUACCUAAUUCCUAUUGCAAUUCUAUGUUGCAGGUUUUAUAUUACACAUUGCCAGUUAAGUCUACACUUUUGGCACAUACAUGCGCUAAAGAGUUCUGUCUGAGUUGUGAAUUAGGGUUCCUGUUCCGAAUGUUGGACACGUCGGGCGGCGCGCCGUGCCAGGCCAACAAGUUCCUGCGCGCCUUCCGCACCGUGCCCGAGGCGGCCGCGCUCGGCCUCAUCCUGCCCGACCGCGGGCCCGACGCCAGGCUUGACCUCGUCGCCUUGAUACAGAGUUGGAAUCGUUUUAUUCUGCACCAAAUACAUUAUGAAAUACUCGAAACGCGUAAGAAAGAGAAGGAGCUAGCUUUGUUGGCGAACAGUCCGCCGAAGCCGUCCCGAAUAAAUACGAAAAUAAACCGGAGUUUACCGCACGUGAACGGCCAAUACAAUGAAGAAUAUCAGUAUACGGAACUGGAGUUUCUUGGGCCUGCCACUGAGUUUGAACACGAAGAGUUAAGGGAAGAUGGCUGGACAGGGAGGGAGGACGGAGCGGGUGACGCUGAGACAGUACAAGUUAAUAAUCACGAGCUGUCGAACAACCAUAAAGCCGAGAGAGAGGAGUCAGAUAUUUCGCAACUCUUCGCUAUAGGCAGACAUCAACUAAAUCGAUGUCUAAAGUGUAAUAAAGAGGAAGGCCGUGAGUCCGUGGUGCUAGCUUGUGCCCUGCAGUACCCAACAGCGGUCCGCGAAGGGCCCGAGUGUCGAGGAGGCUUCUUAGAACUAGUGCGAGCGUCGUUAGCGGCUAGACGCAGCACGCCUGCUUGGUGCGAAACUUGCUCAAGAUUUACUCCAACUGUGCAACGGGGGAGAAUCGUCAGAUUACCACCCAUACUGGCGAUUAAUUGCGGUGGAGCGACUGUCCGGGAAAAGGCAUACUGGGCAAAAGGCACCCAAAAAGACCUACCAGAAGCAAAGCGUGGGGGAGGCGGUAAGCCAUGCCGGUACGGCUUGCAUUGUGCUCGGCCCGGCUGUCAUUUUAAACAUCCGGACAGGCCUAACUCUACCCAGGGGGGUUCGUCAAAGAGUCCGACGCACGAGUCGCAUUGUAUGCUUCCACAACAGUUACUUAUCAGACUUCAGUCCGAUGGUGAUGUCAUUAUCAACGAGAAGUGCGAGUCGUCGUCCGAACCGCACACACCGAACAACAGAGCAGACAAACAUAAGAACAAGAAGAACGUCACGACGCAGUGUGAGGAGGAGUACUCUCUGUCUGCGGCCGUCAUCUGUGUGGAAGACAACCCCAAGAAUUUAGUCGCCUAUAUACAGACCACGCCUUCAAAAGACAUUGAACCUGUAUGGUACUUAUUCAAUGAUCUAAGUAUUGUACCUACGAAGAGACGAGAUCAUAGCCUAAGCUUUUGUAUGGACCGUAUAACGGGGUUAUAG